CAAAAUUACAAGACAAAAGUUUCGCUUUUGAUCAAAUCGGUAUCGAUGUAAGUUUGAUAGUAAGGCGAAGUUCGUGUGUUCCUGGUUUAACUUUUUGUUGUGUAUGCUGGGGUAGCGCGAGACGGCAGAUCCUGCGCGUGCGGAUCGGGGUUUCGUCUCUACAUUGUUCCCAUUUCUGUGACUCGUUCUACCAGUGUGUCAGAAUGGGCUAAAACAACUGCUAGCAACUGAGCACCAUACACCUGGACCCUCCAGUCUCACCUGUGCACGGGCAGUGAGACUUGGCACCAUGCAAGGACCACGAAGGAAAGUGAAGGUCAUGCUGAUGAUGACAAUGGUGUUCAUCUUCAUAAUCGUGGAGGUCUCUCGUAAUGCUGGCAAGGGUGGUGACAAGAAUAAGCUGUUGAUUCCCUCAAAGCGUUUCUGGGCAAAAGAUUCUCCCAGUAAUGCCUACUGGAAUCGCCAACAACAACAGCUAAACUACAUCAACAACCACAACCUAAAAAAUCUCAACAUUACAACUGAAGAACUUCCAUAUUGGCUAAACAAUACUGUCAGUAUGGACUCCUGUGAGCCAGAUUUCAGGGUGACGACACAGGUUAAGGAUUACAAUUCUCUCCCGCAACGCUUCAAGGACUUUUUGUUGUAUAUGCGCUGCAGGUCGUAUCCCAUUGUGGUCGAUCAACCACAUACAUGCAAAGACCAACCGUUCUUACUCCUAGCAAUUAAAUCUUUAGUCCCCCACUUUGAUCGACGUCAGGCGAUCCGGGAGUCGUGGGGAAAAGCUGGCCGUGUUGCGAACAAGACUGUUGUUACGGUUUUUCUUCUUGGAAAUGCUGCCACAGAGGACCACUUUCCUGAUCUGUCCAAGAUGCUCUACCAUGAAAGCUCCAUGCAUGGAGAUAUUCUUCAGUGGGAUUAUAGGGACACCUUCUUCAACCUCACCAUCAAGGAUGUGCUUUUUCUGGAAUGGCUGAUUACGCGCUGUCCUGGGGCUAGUUACAUCUUCAAAGGAGACGACGAUGUUUUUGUUAACACCAUUCGCAUUGUAGAAUUCCUUAGCAAUCUGUCCGAUGCCAAAGCCAAGGAACUUUUUGUAGGGGAUGUGAUUACAAAUGCCGGCCCACAUAGAGACAAAAAAGUGAAGUAUUUCAUUCCAGAAAGCGUUUUUGUUGGGACGUACCCUGCGUACGCAGGUGGAGGAGGCUACCUGUUCUCGGGACAGCUGGCCAAGAGACUUCAUGAAGUCUCAAGAAAGGUGCCUCUCUACCCUAUCGAUGAUGUCUACACAGGUAUGUGCCUUAUGAAACUGGGCCUUGCUCCUGAGAAGCACAAAGGCUUCAGGACUUUUGAUAUAGAAGAGAAGUACCGUGAUAAUGCCUGUGCCUACAACAGCCUGAUGUUAGUCCACCCCAGGAGUCCACAAUAUAUGAUCCAAAUCUGGAGCUGGCUGAACGACCCAGCUUUAAACUGUCAGUAAACUCUCAGGGUUGCUCAUUUAAAUAAUUUUAGGGUUAUUCAUUUGUGAUGUUCAUUAUUGUCAUUGUGUGCAUGCAAACUUUUAGAGUAUCAAUCCAUUACACUGUAAAGGACAGAAGAAACAACUAUUUAGAUAUGUGUGUAUAUAAUGUAAGUGUGGGUCCAAACGGCUGUCCACAAAGUAUUGCAAUAGCAACCUCUGUUGGUAAUGUUACAAGUAUUUAAAAAGUGCUCCUUUGACAACACUGGUUGAAAGGUCAGAUAUGCUGGAGAAUAGGGGAUUAUGGGCAGUUCAAUUCAGCUGGUCUGGAUGUGACUUAAUAGAUAUUGUGUUAUGCUAUAGCUCAUUUUGACUACAUGAAGAGUUAAUUUAAAUGAGUUAAAUCUUACAAUGCCUUAAGGCAGCUACAUUGUAAAAGAGAGUGUAGAAAUUCUCAAGGCACCAUUCAUCAGAUAUCACAAUGACAGAACCCCUUUGAACUUAUAGGCACCUUUCAAAGUGUCUUAAACGCCCUGUUUAUGUACCUAAAGUUAUCAGAGAAGCUCAGUGAUUUAGUGGAAACCUCAUGAUAACAAAUACUUUGAUGCAAUCAAAAUGUAAUCAGAAGUUAACAGAUUACAUCGAGUAAACAGGGGGUUUUUACACUCUUUAAAUGUUUUUCGAGGUUCUUUACAUGCAAUUUUAGAAUGUAUACAUUUAAGAUUGUUCCAAAAUGUUCUUUUGCAAUAUCAGACAAUCACUUGUUGGACCAAACAGCAGAUUAGCCAAUGCUAGACUUGCUGUUCCCUUUUCAUAAAGUCCAUGAAAAUAAAUGCUGCAUAUUUUGCUGAUAAACCUGACUAAAACACUUGUGCCUUGCUAAUAUGAACAGUCUCAGGAUGCUCACCCUGCUGAAAUGAAAUACUCAAAUUAUUUUUAGGUUUGAAAAUAAUAUAUUUUGUAUGGUAGAUGUGUAUUAGGUCUUAGAGUAAAUGAGGAAAGGUUGUGGGGUCUUUGUUUCAAUUUUCAUUAAAAUUUCAAGAAUUCUUUGACUAAAUUCAAGCAACUUCCAGUUUUCAAAAGCCUUUUCAACCACAGGUAUUUCACUGUUUUGUCAUAAUUUCCAUUCUGUUUCGGAGUAGUAGAAGAGACUCAACUGGCUGCCCUUGUUACUAAAUAGAAUGGCCCCCAAGUGUGUUAUAGUGACCCCUACUGUUGAAAGCAGAGUUUUUAAAUAAAACACUGGAACCUUUUUCAUAACUUGGCAUUGAAACGGUGCUAUUACUCCCCAGACUUCUGUCUGAUAGAGUAUUAAAAUAAUGAGCAUAUUCUGCCAGUCUACUAGAAGUUUAUUUUUCUUGUGUUGUUUUGGUUAGGGCUAUGCACCAGCACAGCAGUAGCCUGUUUAUCUAAAUUAGUCACAUUUAAAGGUUUGUUGACCAUCCACUUAAAUAAAUAUUUUCUGCUUGCAAUGCAUCACUAUUUUAGUUUUUAAGUUAUUCAGUGGGCUGUGAGGAAUAAAGGUCAUAAGUAUGUUUAUGCUAUUGUCUGGAAAUGGUAGGGCAAGCACAUCACUUAACAUCCUGAUGCUGUGUUUGGUAAUUGAAACAAAAGUUUACGUGUUCUCAUUGCACAAAAGGCUCAUUUCUAAACUAUUAGGUGACAUUUUCAGCUGAUCACAAAGGUCGAUUGUACAUGUUUUAUACAUUGGUAUUAAUAGAUUUUACUACACACGUUUAAGGCCUCUAACUUCUCAGAACUCCGUACAAUUUUGUCUUUGCUGAAUAUGGUUGUGAUUGAAGGCAGACCUAUGAUGGGUUAAUUAUGAAUUGGACUCAUAGCAUUAUAAACACUCCUUCACAGUUGUAGUUUUUGUGUAUCAGAUAACCUGUUUUAAAGUACGUAAAGAAGGUUUUUAUAAUGCCUCCAGAACAUUGGAUCUAGGUUUAUCACAAUAUUUGAUUGUUAAUGUUUCAGAUGUGCUAGGUUAAUGUGCGUGCGUGCGUGUGUGUAAUUAUGUAUAUUUAUAUGUAUUCAUGUGUAUAUGUAUACAAGUUUGGUAGUGAUUGUCUUGAGUCUGAGAGAUGUAAUUGUAAUACAUUUCCAGGAAUUAAACUGUAGUUCUGUCACCUGAAUGUCAUUGGGUUUUAUAAAUAAAUAUACACCAUUUCAAGUGAAAUUCCUAAUAAAUUAUAGAUACUUUCCAGUAAAAGAAUUCAGUCAAAUGGGUUACCUGAAAAUAUGUUUUGAAAAUCAUAGCCUUUUAUUUAUUUUUUGCCAAUAUUUUUGAGAUCUGUAAAAGCACCAAAAUGUGCCUAAUGUGUCUGAUUAUGUGACAAUCGUCAUUUUGAAUAUUAAAAUGCACAUUUUUGUUAAUAUUUUUGUUCUGUCGAUGCUGGCUCUUGAUUUAAUUCCCAUAAUAAAUGAAGUAAGCUUGAA